AUGCCCGUCUUGCGGCUCUUUAAACCGAUCGAGAGGCGCGAGCUUCAUAGCUACUUUGCGCGGGAGAACGUCCAGAUGCACCUGAAGAAGCGACUUUCAACAACGCCAUCGUCAUCAUUCAUGAGGCAUGGGUCUGAGCGCUUCACCAUCAGCGGCCCACUGGGGUGCUCACGCGAUGCACGCGAACGCCAACAUGAGCUCAAGUCACUUGUCACGUUGAUGAGCUUCUGCCGCGGCAGAGUCAACCAGUUGGAGUUUUGGUAUCAUCCCGUCCGAUGGCUGCCGGCCGAGGCGGCCCUGCCGUGGCGCAUCACCAUGGACCGCGAGGGUAAUUUUACCAUCCGCGGACCGAGGGAGGAAGGGUUCUUCGCCAUGAAAGAAAAGCUUGUAAAAGCGCUUCGUAUGUUCUUGCCGAGUCAUGAGAUUCUGCACUGGUGGUCUUGCACCGCGCGGGAACGGAGUAAGCUGAAAAAGGCCGGGGCCGGUUUUCGCGAGCCGCAGUUCACGUUCAUCAACGACGCAACAGACAGCCAGUCGGACCACGUUUCCGCCUGUAUGGCGGAGAGUUGGAAGGCCUACGAGGCCAGGUGUAAUUGCGGAGAGUGGAAGCGGUUCGGGGGGAUCCGCGAUGUUGAGUGA